CAAAAUGAAACGAUAACAUUUUAUUUUGAAGGUCAUGACCGGAAACCACUUGAUGUUUUCAGUCUGUACUCUGUGACUUGACGGACAGACCUGCUCCUCGUACUGUCCAACCCCACUUUCCUCUGCAGGAACAUAAUGAGAGAGGUGACAGCUGAGGGUCAAAGGCGCCUGUAAAACAUUGCAAAGAUGGAGGACGAGCUGGUGUCGGAGGAUGAUAUCUUGAUGUGGUCAGAAAAGGAGCUCCAUGAUGCUGCAAAGAGGAACCACAUUGAGAAAAUACAGGAACUUAUCAAGAAAGGUGUGGAUGUCAAGGCCAAGGAUAAAGUAGACCGUAAAUCACUGCACUGGGCAGCAGGAGUGGGGAAUGAACAGGCCUUACGUCUCCUACUGCUCCAUGACACUGAUGUAGAUGAGAGGGACACUUUUGGCAUGAAUGCUCUGCUUCUGGCAUCCUGGUUUGGUCACUUAAAAAUCCUGCAGAUCCUGGUGUCCUGUGGAGCAAAGCUCAACUGUGAAAACAAAGAUGGUCUGAGUAUGCUGCAUUGUGCUGCUCAGAGGGGCCACAUAAACAUAUUGGAGUUCAUUAUGGAGGACCUGCAAGACAUCUGUCUUGACAGAGUUGACAAGUCAGGGAAGACAGCACUUCACCUGGCUGCAGAACAUGGGCAAUCUGAAGUGGUGGAGUUUCUGAUUGGAAUGGGUUGCACACAUAGUUUGAAGGACAAGGAAGAGAACACGGCCAUGCAUUUAGCAGCGAAGUGUGGCCACACUGAUGUCCUGCAGAAAAUCUUGGAGACUGGGGUGGACAUCAAUGAGAGGAAUAUAGAUGGUCUCACAGCCUUGCAUCUGGCAGCUGAUGGAGGUCACUAUGAAUGUGUCAAAGUGCUACUGGAGUCCCACUGUGAUGUCAAUGGACAAAGCAAUAAGAAUAUGAGUGCUCUACAUUAUGUGGCACAGCAUGGCUUCGACAGAGAGGCCAGUUUGCUGCUGGAGGCAGGAAUCAACAUAGAUGCUGUAAACAAUCAACACAACACAGCACUCCACCUGGCUGUAUUAAACAAUCAUGCAGAGGUUGUGCGGCUGCUUAUAAAUGCUGACUGUGACCUGGACAUUACUGACAGUAGACAACAGACUGCUCUGCACAUAGCAGCAGAGCAUGGUUGGCAGGACACAGCUGAGAUAAUGCUGAUCUCUGGAGUUAACCUCAGUCUGACUGACAAGCAGGGGAAAACGUGUCUUGAGGUAGCAGCGAGAGGAAACCAUGUAAUCUUGGUCGACAUGAUCAUCAAAGCUGACCGUUUUUAUAAAUGGAGGAAGAAUCACAUGGGCAGUGAGCAGAACUUCAUGGGAAGGCUCCUAAGCUUCAAGCAGGACCACCAGCCAGAGACACAGCAUAUUCGCUCUGUCCUGUGGAGCCUGGCCACCAAGCACCUCUGCCGGGGGGAAUGGAAGAUUCUGGCACAACACUGGGAGUUCACAGAUGCACAAAUACGAGCAAUAGAGCAACAGUGGACAGAUAUGAAAAGCUUCAAAGAGCAUGGUCACCGAAUGCUGUUAAUCUGGCUUCAUGGAGUUGUGGUGGCGGGGGAGAACCCGAUCAAAGGCCUCUAUGAGGGCCUGGUGGAAAUCUCACGGACAGACUUGGCAGAGUUCAUCCGGCAGAAGGCAAAUGCAGAGACCAGCUCUCCCAGAAUGUGCUCUGCAAUGUGAUUACCACUGUGAGGGAAUGGAAAGCAACUCAACAAAUCAGAGAUUUCUGUUCACAUCUGAACUUAAGUUAACUGUAAAUAUCCAGAACUGAACCCACGAAAAAGUGUUGUAUGGCAUGCCUGGUUUACCUAUUCCAAUUAUAUAUUACGUGAUUGUUUUAAAUUUGAUUCACAUGGUAUUUAUAUUCUUAUAGGGUUUGGGGAAAUUAUGUUUGUAACCUUUGAAAUACCUGGUGUAAAUGAAAAAUAACACACUUUUUGUUAUGCAUGGGGUAAACACUUGCUGCCAUCAGUCAUAUUGUACUGUACAAAGGGCUUUUUUUUAGCACAUUAUGAAGACCUGCUAACCAGCAUGAUUGAAUAAAUGGUGCUAGUUCAGAACAGGGGGAAAGAAAACAGGCAAAUGGAUGAGGACACUUAUUUCACUUGAAUUCAGCUCAGCAUUCAACACAAUCGACCCCAUGAAACUGAUUGGAAAACUGGACUAAUUAAUGUGGGUUGUGCUAAGCCUCGUAUUAUUCUUUCUGUAUGCCGAUGACUGCACUCUUAUACAACGAAAAAUCUAUUAUCGUUUUAGGUACCUGGAAAUCCACACACAGUGAAUCUGUCAUGAACAUCCUGGUUAAAAAACGCCCGCAAAUAGCUUUAUUUCACCCUACUGCCCUCAGAUACAGAAGAAUCUGCUGCCAUACCAAACAUGCUGAUCUGAGUAUUACUUGUGGCUUUUGACAGCGGUUUCUUGUUGGAGGCAUAUACUGCAAUAUAUUGUUAUCGUGCCGUCUUUUCUGAGGUUUCUAAAACUACAUAAGCUAGUGGUCUGCAAAUCUGAUCUUUCCAGGGGGGUCUUACUCUGUAUCACGGUGUGUUAGACCAUGGAUUAAACGUACAUCAGAAUAUCCCUUUAACUCAUCCUCCCCACUCAAUAAUCAAAAAAUAUUUUUAUUUUUAUGACUUAAUUUUAAUUGAGCCAUUAAUAUAAUUCCUAUUUUAACAGUUGCAUAAAGGUACUACAAACUACAUUCGUUAUACAGCCCUGUCAUAUAAAAUGAAUUAAUCUUGUGUCUUGCAUAUUGUCAGCUGUAAUAGUUUUUACAGAAUUCUCAACAGAAUAUUAAUCAUUUUGGUUUGUUAUAAAUAGAAGACACAAUUUAAUAAAUAGGGAACACCCAAAUACUUUGUGUACUAAACUAGAUAAUACUUCACAUAAGAUAACACUUAAGAUUAAUUCACACUACUUUCUUACUGUACAUAAUUAAGACAAGCACUGAAGCUAAAAGAUUAAGUACAUUUCUUUAUCAGGUUUCACAAUCCUGUUUUUAAUUAUCUCUACAGUAAAGUGACAUUUUAAGUCACACAUUAGAGACAUAUUUUACAGAUCAAAAGUGGCAUCUGCUUUAUCGAUUGUAGAUACUCUCUGUGUCUGUGAUGAAUGACUGUCUGUGUGUUCUGAUCAGGGCUCGUGCUGUUAAUUCACUUAACACUAAAAUAAACUGUAGCACCUAAGCUAUGGACCUCCAAAGUGUUCAACAUUACAUAAAAAAAUGGAAUAAAACACAUAAAUUAAGCGAUAAUGUCUGAGUUUGAAUCACAUAUUAAAAUAUUUCAAUGUGUUAACAUAAAAUGUUAUUUCAACAUUCUUAUUUACAAUAAGACUUUUACAGGAAAUGUAUUUUUAUCUUUUAUUAGAGAUAUUUGUAUCAAAUUAGUUUUUAUUUCAUUACAGCAUUUGACCAAAUGUCAUUUGAAAAUGUAUUCAAAUGAUUAUUAAUGUCCUAAUUUAUUUAUUUAUUUUAGUGUUGAAUUCUUUGGAGUGCCACACUAAACACCAGUUGAACACCUUGGAAGAUUCUGUGAAUGCUGCUGAGAUUUGUCAAAAGCAGCAUGUAGAAUUAAAGAUGCUGUAAAUUACAUAUUUUUUUAUUAGAAAGCAUUUAAUAUCUCUGUAUUCCAACAGUAAUCAAAAUAAUAGAGUGUUUGGUCCAUAACCCAUGUCUCCCCUCCUCUUACUCAUGCAGUAAAAGAAAUGUUCUGGUAACCCUGCCCACGUUAUCCAAUCAGGACAGGAAUUCUGCUCUCUGUGUGUUCUUCUCGUGAACUGUCUGGAGAAAGCUGCUGCAAUAUGGUGACGUGGAGUUGGGGGAAAUUAGCCUAAACGAUGAAAACACUUUCAGCAGCUUUAAGUUUGUUUAAAUAUUCCACUGUUCUAUUAUGUCUGUUGUGUUUGUCUUUCAUUUUGAAGCACUUUGUGAUGUUUGAUCUGGAGUGGUGCUGCAUAAAUACACUUGAAUCACUCACUUUUGCCUGGAGAAUGACAGCACUAGCCAUGCAAUGCAGCAGCUCUCAUGAAACAUAAAAUACACUGUUACAGCUAUAAUUUUACAUAUAACCACAGAAGCACAUGGGCAUGUACAGAUAAACCUACCAGCAUAUUUAUAACCAUUAUUGUUUAUGUGUAAUAUGCAUUGAUGUCAAGUUGUUAAGUGUUGCAGUUAUAUAACAGUCGUCUUCUCUUCAGGUUAUGAACUCGCUGUCUUUGUGGCCUUAAAAAAAGGAUCUUCUUUUUUUUUUUUUUUACCAUGAUGUUACACUACUGGUUCAGCUCUUACCAAUUGUCCUUACUACAACUGUUCAUGCAUGCUAUAGACAGAUAGAUAGAAAUUGUGAAAUGUGCAGAGUGAGAGAGAGGAACACCUUAUGGGAUCAUAACAUAAAUCUGAGGCCAAGUGUAAAUAAGGUUAAUGGUGUAAAUAACAAUUGCUAUUUUAUCAUGAACCCACAAACUUUUACAAAAUAAUGACACUAGUUUUUGUAAUGAUUUGUAUGACAAAUGUAAGGGUUUUAUAGCACUCUAUUGUGGCAUGACAGUGUACUGCUGAAUUUCAACAUGAAUACACCUGGUUAAAUAAGAAGUAGUUGAGUUCUCAAUCAUAAUUAUGAGUAGGGUGUGCCUGUAAGUUGUGUUUGCAUGAAGUGAACAAUUGUGCAGAGCAUUAGCUUUCAAAUUGCCUAGGUAGUCCUCAAACUCUUCAUAAAACAGGUGAUUAUUUUAUGAAGAUAUAUUUAUUCAAAAUCAAUAUUUUUUUCCCUGCUCCAAUACUUUUAUUUUUGUUUUGUAUAAGCUGUGUACACUUUCAUAAGAUCGAUAAAAAUAAUAAUAAUAAUAUAUAUAUAUUAUUUUUCACAUUGCAUUAACUACAAAUCUGGACCAUCAGCUACUCUCACUGCUGACAAACAGUAAGUGACUAGUAUUUUAGCCUUUGAGUUUACACAACUCAACCAUUCUCAUUCGAAGCACUGUAGUUUGUCCAGUUGCUCCAAGGUUGAAGGAAACAUAAAGAAAUUGUUUUGUGUACAGUUUGAAGCUUCCUCAUUUGUUCUUGUUUGACUGACAUUUAAAAAAUUGUGGCUGCACACAGCAAUUAAACAUCUAUAAAAUUUGACGAUACUCUAAAUUACUUAAUUACACACAUUGCAUGGGACCAGAGUAACAAGUUACACGCCCAGUUUUUCCUGUGAAUUAGAUCAUGUGCGCAUUUGAUUAAAGCCCUCCUUAUUUAGCAAUGUCCACAAUGUAUAUGUAUAUAUAUGUAUAUUAGGGCUGGGCGAUAUGGCCUAAAAA